AGGAAAAAAAGAAUAGAGAGAGCAGGCAGCAAAGUGUUAGAAAGAAGAAGAAAAGCAAAGUAACUAACACAUACCUGCAAGCAAAGUGUUUCAAAAGCACUAAUUCCUUUCGAACAAACUAAAAAAAAUUAAAAACUGAUCAUCUCACUCUUUAAUUUUCAUUUGUCAACAAUAAUCAGAUUAUAAUUCUCUGUAAAAUUCCCCCAAAAAAUUGAUUGUUAGAGAAGUAAAAGAUGGAGGAUGAUGUGGUACAGCGAGUGUUAGAAGAAGGCGGACGCGAUUAUUAUCAUCAUCAUCACCAUCAUUUUCAACAACCGCCUCCGCCUUCAACUUCUUCCGCUUCGUCUUCCUCUUCAAUUCUUCAAUCGCUCCCUCUUCACGUGUCUUUUGAUCAUGGAUAUUUCGUGUUGGUUAAAUCUAUUCAAGAGCUUAGAGAGAAAAAGAAGGGUUUUGUUACUGUCGGGAUUGGUGGUCCCAGUGGCUCUGGUAAAACUAGCUUAGCAGAGAAGGUGGCGUCUGUGAUCGGUUGCACUGUCAUUUCGAUGGAGAAUUAUCGCGUUGGAGUUGACGAUGGGAAUGAUUUGGAUUCCAUUGAUUUUGAUGGAUUGGUCCAAAAUCUUGAGGAGUUGAUAGAUGGUAAAGAUAUAGUAAUACCUGUGUUUGAUUACCAACAAAAGAAACGAGUCGGUUCAGAAGCAAUAAAGAGUGCUGCAUCUGGGGUGGUAAUAGUUGAUGGUACAUAUGCUUUGCAUGCAAAAUUGCGCUCUUUGUUGGAUAUUCGGGUGGCUGUGGUUGGUGGAGUUCAUUUUAGUCUUCUUUCCAAAGUUCAAUAUGACAUUGGUGAUUCAUGUUCAUUGGAUUAUCUCAUCGAUAGCAUUUUCCCAUUGUUCAGAAAACACAUUGAGCCUGAUCUUCAUCAUGCACAGAUUCGGAUAAACAACAGUUUUGUCUCUUCAUUUAGAGAUUUAAUUUACAAGCUGAAAUGCAGGAGUGAGUUUCCAGAUGUGUCUGUUUAUGCCUUUCAAGGAGCAAAACCACAGAAAGAUAUUUUUAUUGAGAUGUACCUUAGGGCUCCUUCAGCCAGUGAAGUAGCCCGGAUCAAUGAAUGGAUUAAGGUGAGGCAAUCUGGUAUCAGAUACUAUUUGUCACUUGGGGACCAGCGAAUUGUUGACAAAAAUUUCAUUAUCAGGCCAAAAGCUGAGUUUGAGGUCGGGAGAAUGACUCUUGGUGGUUUGUUGGAUUUGGGUUACACUGUUGUAGUUAGUUACAAACGAGAAUCUACUUUUGUUAGUCGUGGCGAUCUUUCUUUGUCAAUGGAAACUAUUGAUGCUCUUGGUGAGACAUUUACAGUGCUGAGGGGGAGAGAUAGGAAAAUUGUUGGAGCAGAAGCAUUGAAGUUGGGUAUUGAUGGACCAUGGAUCACCAAAUCAUAUCUGGAAAUGUUUCUUGACAAAAUGAAUAAUGAGAAAAAAGAUUUACCACGUCUGAGUACACCACCGCCAUUAUUUAGUACUUCCACCAGUAAUCAGGAAAGACAGAUUGCUGCUCCAAAGCCUAUUCGUACUACUUCAAAUCUUGUUAUCGGGCUUGAGGAUUUAUCUCAGCCAUGGACUCGCUCCCCAACAAAAUCUCAAAUGGAACCUGUUGUAGCAUCUUGGAGUUUCAUAUCAUUGGAUCAAACACGCACUAGCUCAGCUGUAGAUCCUUCCUCUUUCAGGGAUAAUAUGAAGCUUGUUCCAAUGCCUGAUUCAUUCGAUUUGGAUAGGGGACUUCUUCUUGCUGUUCAAGCUAUACAGGCGUUAUUGGAGCACAAAGGUUCUCCUGUCAUAGUUGGAAUUGGAGGUCCAAGUGGAUCUGGAAAAACUAGCCUGGCCCACAAAAUGGCAAAUAUUGUUGGAUGUGAAGUAGUUUCCCUCGAAAGUUACUUUAUAUCUGAACAGGUGAAGGAUUUUAAGCACGAUGAUUUUCGCUCUCUUGAUCUGUCCUUGCUUGCAAAGAAUAUUAACGACAUAAGGCACGGUAAGGUAACUAAAGUACCCAUAUUUGAUUUGGAGACUGGUGCUCGUAGCGGCUUCAAGGAACUUGUAGUUUCAGAAGACUCUGGAGUGAUUGUUUUUGAAGGGGUUUAUGCCUUGCACCCAGAAAUUCGAAAAUCCCUUGACUUUUGGAUUGCUGUUGUUGGGGGUGUUCAUUCACAUCUGAUUUCUCGAGUUCAAAGAGACAAAAGUAAAGUGGGGUGUCUCAUGUCUCAAAAUGAGAUCAUGAUGACAGUAUUUCCAAUGUUCCAGCAGUAUAUUGAACCACAUCUUGUUCAUGCUCAUCUCAAAAUUCGGAACGACUUUGACCCUGUGCUUUCCCCUGAGAGUUCUUUAUUUGUGUUGAAGAGCAAUAAGCAAGUUUCUGAUCAAGAUAUAUUAAAGAUACUUGAUUCGGUAAAAUUUUGCAGUUCCGUACAGAAUUUUAUUGACAUAUACUUGAAGCUCCCUGGAAUUCCCGUUAAUGGGAAGUUGGCAGAAAAUGACUGUAUUCGUGUUAGAAUUUGUGAGGGGAGAUUUGCUUUGCUUAUAAGAGAGCCUAUAAGAGAAGGAAAUUUCAUUAUUCAACCUAAAGUGGAUUUCGAUAUUAGCAUCAGUACCGUUGCUGGUCUUCUUAAUCUUGGCUAUCAGGCUGUAGCUUACAUUGAAGCUUCUGCAUUUAUCUACCAAGAUGGAAAGAUUCUCGUCGAGGUUGACCAUAUACAAGAUGCCCCCAGUCCUUAUUUACAGAUAAAAGGUGUUAGUAAAGAAGCUGUGGCUGCUGCUGGUUCAACCCUUGAACUAGAUGGCUCUUAUACAACUAAGAGUUACCUGCAAAUCAUUUUGGAGAGCUCACCCGCAGUUGAAAGAAAUUCCAGUGGAAUUCCUAUCCAACAAAGUGCAAGGUUGCAGGACCUUGUGGAAUUUAUUCAGUCUCAGGGUAAUAGCUCUGCUUCAGAAUCCUCACAAACAAGGGAGACGUCUCCUAUAGAUAGCAUAAUUGAAGACAUGCAGUCUAGAAUCAAGAGGCUGGAAAGAUGGCAGACCAUCAACACGGUGCUAUGGACAUUUUUGAUGUCUGCCUUGGUCGGUUAUUCACUUUAUCAAAGGAAACGCCAAUGAACAAUUUCUUGAAUCAAGAUGUACCAAAUGGUAGAUAGAUCCCUUUCGAAACAGGCAUCGUCAUCUUUGGUUAAUCCUGCCAAUGGCCGAGUCUAACAGAAUUUUCUGACAAGGAUUUCGUCGAUUUCUGAUUCAAGCAUAACUUAUACCCAACAAGGCAAGAACCACAACAUUUGUUUUGGUAUUUUUUCCUUUAUAUUUAGUUUCUUAUAAAAUUCAUGUAACAGAGAACAGAAUUUAGUGCUCCCUUUUGUAAAUACUUCCAUGGGAGGAGUUUAGAAUAGGAAUAGGAGCAACAUGGUUUUCUUUUUCCAUCCUCAUUGUAAUUUCUCUAACAUAAGUUCAUCAAAUCCUUUACAAUUUUUUUGGA